AUGGGCUACGACCGGUACAACCACCAGCCUACGCUCAAGCCAAUUGACCAUCUUUAUGAGAGCAGGUUAAGGCAAUUCACUGACCAGGGCGGCCAGUAUCCGCACCUUAACUUACCCAAGUUCUAUGACCACGAGAGAGUGGACUCCAACAGCGAGGCUAUCUCUUUGAAGGUCUGGAGAACUCCUGGCGAUAGUGGACCUGGCAAUACUGAAAGACCGCUUUUCCGUGAUAUCAAUUUCGAUAAGGUUGAGUGGGAGGAUGCCAAAAAGGGUGACUCCUUUGGUCCUUCUUGGAGAACCUUCUGGUUCAAGAUCGAGUGGGAGAUUCCUGACCAUUGGCUUAAGAACAAGGAUGUGGAGGAAAUUGACUUCCACUGGGAUUCUGGCAAUGAAGGUCUUAUCUAUGACAAGAAAGGUACCCCAUUGCAGGCCUUCACUGGUGGUGACAGAACCCUCUUUAAGCUUCCUAAGCAGUAUAAGAAGUCUGGCAAGCAGGUUUUCUACUUAGAAAUGGCCUGUAACGGUAUGUUCGGUACUGGUGACCAGGGACAUCCUGAUCCAAACGUGUACUACACUUUGAAAAACUGUGAUUUGGUUUGGCCAGACUUGAAUGCUCGUAAGUUGUACUGGGAUUUCUGGAUCUUGGGCGAUGCUGCUAGAGAAUUGCCUAGCGGAAGAGAUAAGUACCAGGCUGCUCUGAUUGCCAACAACAUUAUGGACACCUUUGACCCAGACAACAGGGACUCUAUUUUGAAGUGCAGAGAGCUUGCAGCUGAGUUCUUGGGCUCUGACAUUGACUCUCAUUCUGUCUUCAAGAAGAACCCAUUGAAGAAAAUUGACGUGUUUGGCGUGGGUAACUGUCACAUUGACACUGCUUGGUUGUGGCCAUUUGCUGAAACCAGAAGAAAGAUCGUUCGUUCUUGGACUACUCAAUUGAAGAUCGCCGAUGAGUACCCAGAGUACGUUUUCGUUGCUUCCCAAAUGCAGCAGUUCAAGUGGUUGAAGCAAGACCAUCCAGAGAUUUUGAAGAAGAUCAAGGACAAGUUUGCCAAAAAGCAGUUCUUGCCAAUUGGUGGUACUUGGGUCGAGAACGAUACCAACUUGCCCAGUGGUGAGUCUUUGAUUAGACAAUUCUUGUUGGGUCAGAGAGCUAUGCUCGAAGAAUUUGGCGAGAAGUCAGAGGUCUUCUGGUUGCCAGACACUUUUGGUUACUCCUCCCAGAUUCCUCAGAUCUGUCAGAUUGUUGGAAUUGAGAAGUUCUUGACCCAGAAGCUUUCUUGGAACAAUAUCAACCAGUUCCCAUUGUCCACCUUCAACUGGAAGGCUAUUGAUGGUUCUCAGAUUCUCGUCCACAUGCCUCCAGCCAACACUUAUACCGCUGCCGCUCACUUUGGUGAUGUUGUUAGAUCGCAGACCCAGCACCACAACUUGAGAGACGUGCCAACUGGUCUUUUGCUUUACGGCUUCGGUGACGGUGGUGGAGGUCCAACCGAAGAAAUGUUGGAGAAGUUGAGAAGAUGCAGAGGUGUCUCCAACACGACCGCUGCCAUUCCUUCCGUCCAGCUUGGUAACACUGUUGAGGAUUUCUACGAUGACGUCUUGAAGAAAUCUGACGAGGGAAGAACCCUUCCAACUUGGGCUGGUGAGCUUUACUUGGAGUUCCACAGAGGUACUUACACCACCCAAGCUGACAUCAAGAAGUGGGUCAGACAUGCUGAAAUUAAGCUCCACGAUUUGGAAUAUCUUGCUUCGUACUUAUCUGUCAGCACUAAGGAUUACAAAUACCCAGCUAAGGAGCUUCAGGAAAUCUGGGAAGAUGUUGCCUUGACCCAAUUCCACGAUGUCAUUCCAGGUUCGUGUAUUGGAAUGGUUUACUACGAAGAAGUCAAGCCCAUGCUCAAGAAGCGUUUGAAGGAGUUGGACAACUUGCUUAAGAAGGCUUUGCAGCAUGCUGGUCAUGAGAAUGCCGAAAAGGUGGUCGCCAUCAACACUUUGCCAUGGCACAGAAUUGAAUUGGUUGAGAUCCCUAACGAGGAGAUUUCCAGCCUUGCUGUUGAUGUCGUUCGUUGCAAGAACGGUAGCUCCACUGUGCUUGGUCUCAGCACUAUUGAUAACACCUUCAUUCGUGAAAGUGAUCUCAAGUAUCCUUCUUCUAUCGAGAAGGUGAAGGACCACUUUGUGUUGAGUAACAAAUUGCUUGAGGCUAAGAUUACUCCUAAUGGUACUAUCACCUCCGUCAAGGACUUGACUAGUGGACGUGAGAUCAUUGAUACCGCCAAGACUAAGGCUUCUUCUGGUUUCGGUAACCAGUUGGUUCUCUUUGACGAUGAGCCAUUGAACUUCCCUGCUUGGGAUACUGAGGUCUAUUCUCUUAACAAGUUCAAGUUCAUCGAUAACGGUGAGGUUGUCUCUUCUUCCAGCCACCCAUUGGAGUCCAAGUUGGUUGUCAAGCACAAGAUUUCGUCUGAGUCUUACAUUGAGACUACCAUCUCUCUCCUGGGUAUCACUGACAACAAGGAUAUCUCGCAGAACAACUACCUUAAGUUCACUUCUCACGUUGAGUGGCACGAGUCUAACAAGUUCUUGAAGGUGCAAUUCCCAACUACUUUGCAGACUGCCCAACAUGCUCUGUACGAGACUCAGUUCGGUAUUACCCAAAGACCAACUCACUACAACACCACUUGGGACGCUGCCAAGUUCGAGGUGUGCCACCACAAGUUUAUGGACUUGUCUGAGCACAACUACGGUGUUUCGAUCUUCAACGAUUCCAAGUAUGGUGCUGCCAUUCACGGUAACUUGUUGAGAUUGUCGCUCCUUCGUUCUGCUAAGGCUCCAGAUGACAAGGCUGACAUGGGCACACACGACUUCUCUUACGCCUUGUAUCCUCACAAGGGUUACUUGGGCACUGAUGUUGUCAAGUUGGCUCAGAACUUCAACUACAAGCUUUUGUACACCCACGGUGACCCUGAAGAGAUUGAAUUGUUCUCCAAGGCAUUCACUUUGAAUGGUGAUCCUUCCUUGGUCUUGUCCAACGUCAAGAGAGCUGAAGAUGACGAGGAUAUCAGCACUGCUGAGAACAUUCCUAAGCAGAACAAGGGCCAGCAGUCUAUUAUCUUGCGUGUCUACGAGUCGUUGGGUGGCCUGUCUCAAGGUAAGCUUGAGUUUGGUUUGUCUGUGGACAAGGUCUACAGGACCAACGCCUUGGAGGAAGUUGAAAAGGAGCUCGAGUUGCAGGACAACUCUGUGGACAUCUCCUUGAGAGGUUUCGAGAUUGCCACUUACAAGGUUGUGCUUAAGUGA